CGUCGUAAUGCGCUCGUUCGUGCUGCUUUGGCGUGCAUGUGAAGGCAUAUUAGAGAAAUCGUUGCCGAAUUUGGCAGUAGAUGCGUGAUGGACGUUGAAAUUGACGGUCGGCAAUUUUUUUAAUUUCGAUGCUACGAUUUCAUGCAAGCUGUGCUUUUUUGUGUGUGUAGUGAAAGUGUUGUCGUUGCAUGUACGCGUUGUGCGCUUGCAGAAAACUCAACGAAAUAAAUGACAAGUAUUAAAUGGUAUUUCAAGAUAUUAAUGAAAUUAGCUUUGAAUAAUGGAUAGAUCAACCAAAAGUUUUGUUGGUGUUAUAUAUUUUCAUAGCAAGGAAUUUACAAUUACUUUUUAAUGAAAAGUGAGUGUUGCGUAAAUCGCGAAAAAGCUUUGAAAGUCACGUUACACUCUAACAGAGGUGUUUACAGUUUAACCAAAAUAUUUUCUGAGCGAAGUUAUUAAGUGAAAGUUCAAAACGGAGCAGUGAAUUUUGAACCCACUGGGAAUAAGUUGCUGAGCGGCCAGAAACAUAAAGCAGCUGCUUUCAGGAAAACUUCCUGAAUUUGGGUUUGUCACACAUCAUGAAAUUGACGAAAAAAUGAACCAUUGAACCGGCAAAUAAGGACCGAAGGGAAUACUUUGUUGAAAUUUGAGUAGACAAUUACUUGUGAUGAGAAAAUAAAACACCGCCAACAACAACAAGAAAAAUAAACCAAACAAAAAUCAGUACUCUGAGAAAGUAAACGAAUUGGCAGCAAAACAAACAAAUCACCAAAGAGAAUCGAAAUAAUCAUAGUUUGUUUGAAAGCAACUACAGAGAGAAAUUUAAACAAAUAUACCACUAUCUAUGCAACAUAAACCAAAAACUAUUAAAACAGUUUACGAUUAAUAAAAAUAUACAUUGUGUAUAUGUAAAUUAUUACGUAAAUAUAUGUGCGCAUGUAGUGGUGCGCGAAAAUUGAAAGUGUUUUGCGGCAGGAAAUUAUUAAUAAUGCGCGCGCUGUGGCCGCAGAUUUAAGCUAAUUAAUUUGUAUGCGCUUGUAAUAGCUUACAAUAUACAGCAAUUACAAAAACAACAACUUUAACAACAACACAAAGGCGGCAAAAGCUGCAGUAACAGAUUUCGAAAUUACAAAAACAAAAAUCAAACGGUAAUUAUUAGCAGAAAAUCCAUAGUAGGGCAGCGGAUGCAACGCAUCUGUCAGCAGACGAAGGCUGCAUUUAUUAGUUGUUCACCGCAGAACCAUAAUCAGCUGCCUGCUAUAACGCGCGACGCAAGACCACAUAAUUCAAAUAAAACACGCAUCCGCCACACAGAAUUAUCAGCGCGCUGCAGACGGCGAACUGUGUAAGUGUGUGCGUGUGACUGUGAGACGGAAACUGCGCGAGUGAAAUUUGUGGCAUUUGAAUUUUGCAAAUUGAAUAUAACAGCAAUACACAGUGCUGCGGCAUGCAACUAAAGUGUUGAACGCGCGUGUAAACAGUUAUGUCUUAAAUUAUUAUUUGCGAAAUGGCAAUUUAAGGCAACAGCAUAACCAAAGGGAUAAAGCAUACAUGCUUUUUUGCUUAAAGCCGAGUGCCGUCGAAACAAAAGUGUGUGUAUCCGUUAACUGAGGGCCGCGCAGACAAAAGAAAAAAGAAAAUAAUCUUAAGCUGUAAAAGAAGUGUGAACAUCCACACACAAAAACUCAGUGUGAAAGAGAGUAAACAAAAACUAUCUGCUCUAACGGCUACACGUCCUUCGCGUCGCAAACGCAACUUUCGCUGGAUGUCUGUGCGCGCGUCGCGUCCGCCUGUUGGUCUGUCAUAAAAUAUCAAUUUGUGAUUUUUCAAUUUUGCCGCCAACAGAGAAACGCAAACGUGCUGCCGCAAGAGCGCGUCUCGUCGCCCGCAUCUUUCACGAGCGCUCGAUCAUUUAUUAGCCGUAUUAGACGUGCCACACAUCCUAAGUAGCAGCGUUGGCGGUGUGUGUGUGUAAGAAAACUAAUAAUUUGGCUAGGAACGAGUGUGGCAAGUGCGAAAAAAUAAACAUAAAACCAAAACAACAACAAUUACAAACUAGUAUAGUUAUACUGUAUACAAACUUAGUGGUGUUUGCUUGUGGUGCGUAUCUUAACCGCUGCAGUCUGUGGCAACAUUGCGGCGAAACGUGCUCGCAUUAGCUUAAGCCACAAUUGGCAACACACAAACAUACAAACACACAUAAUAACAUACGUUUGCGCGCCGCUUAAUCCAUACAAUUCAUUUGCUGCGCCAAGACAACGUGCAACACAACUUGACUUUGCCUGACACUUGGCGAGCGCGCCGUCUUGAAGCUCUCGUCUAUUCAUCUGCCUGCCGGUCGCUUGAUUGAAGCGCUUCGGUGUAUUGCGGCAGUAAAAACGGGCGACCAAAUGUUUGCUUGUAAUUUGCGGUCAAUGAAAUUGCCUCUUAGCCGCACCCUUGGAGGCUUUGUGUCGUCGUACGCCUCCGUUGUGGUUUCCGCGUUAUCGCUGUCGACACCCACGUUGCAGGCCUGCAAGUGUGACGCGCGUGAGGUGACGAUGUCAACGUCGGCGCGGCACACACACAGCAACGGCUCGGCGCGUAGCCAACGCCAAGUGCGGUGCGGUGGCAGCAGCAAUUGUGGUAACGGGAUUAGCAAUUUUACGCAAUGCUUAAUUACUUGCGGAUUGCUUUUGCUCUUGGCUGCCGGUAAUGCCAUCGUUGAGGGCGCACUGCGAAAUGUCAAUUUAAUCAUCGAACCACCCGCGGUGCGGCGCGGCCAGCAUGCCAUCGUGCGCUGUCUCUACGAUUUGGAAGGAACGCCACUCUAUUCGGCCAAAUUUUAUCGCGGUCAAUUGGAGUUCUAUCGCUACACACCUGGUGAAUUUCCGAACACGAAAGUUUUUCCAUUUCCCGGCAUACACGUCGAUGUGACCAAUUCAAAUGCAACGCAAGUGCUCAUCCGCAAUGUGGGCUUCGGUCUGUCCGGCAAUUUCUCCUGCGAAGUGACGGCAGAUGCGCCACUCUUCUCAACGGCAACGGCCACGGGCAUUAUGCAAGUUGUUGAAUUACCCGAGAAGCGGCCAACACUUUUUACCGAGCAUACGCGUUACGAACCGGGCGACGUGUUGCGCGCAAAUUGCAGUACACCGCCGUCAAGGCCACGCGCCGAGCUAAAAUUCACAAUAAAUAAUAUGGUGGUUGGCACCUCGGAAACACAAUACGUACGCACCAUUGACAAUUUGAUGGCAUCGCGCAUCAGCCUGAAAUUGCAGCUGCAGGGCAUACACUUCACCAGCGCAAAUCCAUCGCUGCUCCACAGUGGUGUUGGUUAUGGCGGUUACAAUGGCGGCAUGAAUUCGGUGCAUAGCUUCGGCAGUGGUGGUGGUGCCGGCAGCAGCGGCGGCAGCGGUGGCUUCAGUGUUGGCAGUUUGGUUUUGCGUUGCACAGCACAAAUUGGUGAUUUGUAUCAGGAGUAUAAGGAAAUUGAAUUGGGCACACCGCAAAAGGAUCCGGUGCCAGCGAGAGUUACUCUCUCUUCCGGCACCAGCAUGACGAACUUUUUCAGCUCAUACUUUUCCUCAUCAAGUCGGCGUUUGCCACCACCGACUGCUGUCGUUAUGCUGCUAAUGGCAAUUGCUAGCGUUACAGCAACUGCAACAGUAACAACAACAACAGUAACUGCAACAACAAUGACAUUAUUGGGUGGAGUUGUUGAAUUAUGCAUUGCAACAUUUGCAUUCUUUAAUCAAAUGAUGCAGUCAGUGCACAAAUUGAGCAGCAAAUGUAUAGCACCGCAACAAAAGCAACAAGAACGACAACAACAACUAAUACAAAUACAAGCAACACGUCAGCCAAGUGCAAAUCUAUGUUGUGCUAUGCGCAUUGAACGCUACCAACAACAACAACUGUUGUCCAGUCAAUUGCAGUGGUGGCAAAAUUUUGCACAGCAACAACAACAACAACAGCAAGGACAACGCAUGCAUGCCACUACAGCCACCAGCUCGGCGUUGCACGUACCGAGGUUCACUCACAGAUAACUUAAAUCAAAUUAAAUGUGUUAAUUGAAUUAAAAUUAAAUUUAAUAAGAAAAAGUAAACUAAAAGCGAUGCGCGGUAGUCGAAAGGCAGAAGUAGAAGCUUAAAAUAAAACAAAGUAAAGUAAAGUAAAUAAAUGAUAAAAAAUUAGGCUAAUUAAUAUUAUUGUAUUUUUAUAGUAGUUUUAAGUGAACAUUAUGUUUUACGUGUAAUUACCAGCAGACAGCGAUAACAACAAAAACAAAAAACAACAGCAACAAAUAAUAAAUGCAACAACAACAACCAGACACUGUUAAUUACAUUUAAUGCGAUUAUAAAUGUGCGCAACAGCUGUAAGCUGGCAAAACGCGAAGUGAGACCCAUGAGACGAGAGGAAAAGAGAGAGGGAAGGGGAGGAAACGAAAUGCAGAUAAGGAGAGCGCAAAAUGAAAGCAACAAACUUGAACUAAAUAAAAUUUGCAUUUAAUUCGAUGGCAAGAAAUGCACUGAUGAAUCAAAAAAUCGUAAUAAUAUAUUAUAAAAAAAAACAAUUUUUAGUUUUUAAAAUUAGUGAUUUUUCUUUAAAUUUAAUGGAAAACUUAUUUUUAAGGUAAUUAAUUUUACGAAGCUCAGCAGGCAUUGAGAAUGAAUGGACUAAAUAAAAAUUACACAAAAAGUGUUUAGAGGGUUAUUAAAACAUAGUAGGUGUACACUAACAUAUGUAUGUGUACUCUUUGGUAGCCUUGAAAGCAAAUCGAAAAUAUAUAAGGUGGCAUAUAGGUAUUAAAAAACCAAUAAAUAACAACAAAAAAGAGAAAUUUGCGAAUUGAAAAAAAAAAAUUAAUAUAAAACAGCAGCAACUAUUAAAAAUAUAAUAAGAAGCCCGUAACGAAAAACAAAAAACAAAAUAAGGGACGUUACCCAAACCAAAAAUUACACCAACAAAUUGCAAAAACGCAAAAGAAAAUUUAUCGAAACGCAAACUAUGCUAAGCAACCUGUAACGGUUUUGUUUUAGGCUACCAAUAUCUACCGAUCUAGCAAAUAAUGUACCACACAAAACAGAAAAUAAAAAUUACAAAUAAAUAAAAUAUAAUAUAAUUAUAGAUAAAAUAUUAAUAAAUGAGAUUAAAUAAACCUAAAAAUGCGAAAAUAUAUAAUAGCUGUAAUUUAUUUAAAAGAUGCAACAUACGCCAAAAAGCAAAAACAACAAACUAAAUAAAUUAGCUGAGGCCAUUUCACAAACGUUCAUGCAAAUGACAACAGUAACCUGAAUAGUAUGAAGCAAAUUGUAAUAAAAACAAGAAAUAAUAUUAUAAUUUAUAUUAUGUAAUACAAAGAGGGCAUAAUAAAAAUCGUAUAUGUUACUUUUAAAUCAAAA